UCUCCUACAGGAACAACACCGUUGAUAUUCAAUCGCCGCCGUGCAGAGCUCUGUUGCACUGCCGUCUUAAGGCCUUGUACAAUGCUAGAUGCUUAGAAAAAUAAAUCGGUUUUUUCUGAAGCAUUAGUGCCUAUUUUUAAAAGAGAGACGCCUAAUUAAACGUCUACCCUGUACAAAUAAGCACCGGUGUUUAAGAAAAGCCUGAUUUAUUUCUCUAAGCACCUUCCUAAGAACAUUGCAUUGUACAAGGCCUAACCCACACUACCAUCGGAUCCAGGGCGUCCUGCCGUCGCCGACCACGUCGAACCUCCCUUGUGCCUCGCCGCGCACGGGGAGGGAGUGGCCGCUGGCGUCCACCACCGGACCGGUGGGAGAUUAAGGUCACGGAGGACCUGAUUACUUUUCUAGGGGUCAUUUUGCAAAACAAAAUUGUAUUGGGGUGUAAUUGGCUUUUUUCUUACCAUGUCACCCUGUCCAGGGGACCCACCUGUCAUAAUCGUGUUCAAAACGACCUAAGCUGCCGACUAGUGUUUCUUGCAAAAACUUAGAUGCAAAAUUAGUCGUUUUUAGCACAAACCCAUAGAAGUGUGUCUCCUGCAAACCUGGACUUCAAUGUUGAUGGCUUUUGCAAUUCAGUCGACCAAGGUUGGAUCUUUUACAUUGUGGUGUGGAGAUUGCUGCUGUUAUCUUUGGCGGAUGUUUUUACAAUUUUGCCAGGCGGCUGCGCACUUUUGCCUCCGUGCUCUGGCCCCACAAAGACUCGAGCGACACGAAACCAAUCAUACAAGGGGAGGCGAGCGCCGGGGAGACGCCGGAGCAAAACGAAGCCGGCGGCCAUGGAGACUCAGACUUCGGAGGCUGAGAAGGAGAUGAGGGAGUGGUGCGUCGCCCUCCCCAAGGUGGAGCUCCACGCCCACCUCAACGGCUCCGUCCGCAACUCCACCCUCCUAGAACUAGCAAAAGAACUAGGUGACAAAGGAGUCAUUGUCCUUGAAGAUGUUAAGGAUGUGAUCAUGAAGAAUGACAGAUGUCUCCCAGAGUGUGUUAGGCUCUUUGAUUUGUUUCAUAUACUUACAACUGACCAUGAUACAGUAGCAAGAAUCGCCAAGGAGGUUGUGGGAGAUUUUGCUGCUGAGAAUGUUGUGUAUUUAGAAAUAAGGACGCCGCCUAAGAAUAAUGAAGCCAAGGGGAUAACAAAGCGAUCCUACAUGAAUGCUGUUGUAAAAGGUCAUAAGUCUGUUGAAGACGUUGAUGUUCUUCUAAACAAUGAAAAAUUAAGUUGUACACCAAUGAGUGAUUUGGGUGGCGACACAAAGAGAAAGAAGAUAUAUGUUAGGCUCCUUCUGAGUAUUGACCGUCAUGAGACAACUUCUGCUGCAUUGGAUACUGUUAAUUUAGCCAUGGAAAUGAAGGACCAGGGUGUAAUUGGCAUUGAUCUCUCUGGCAAUCCAGUUGUAGGGGAAUGGGAGACAUACCUGCCUGCUCUAGAACAUGCUAAAGAGCUGGGAAUCCCCACCACAAUUCACUGUGGUGAGGUACCAAACAGGAAGGAGAUCCAAGCAAUGCUGGACUUCUGCCCUCAAAGGCUGGGUCAUGUCUGCUGCCUCGACGACGAAGAGUGGAAGAAGCUCAAGUCAUCAGUGAUCCCGGUGGAGAUAUGUUUAACCUCCAAUGUUAUGACCGGAGGCACCCCUUCUCUUGAGCGUCAUCACUUUGCUGACCUCUACAACGCGAAACACCCUCUGUCGAUAUGCACCGACGAUUGUGGCCUCUUUUCAACGAGCCUCUCAAAUGAGUAUUACCUCGCCGCGUCUACCUUUGGUCUUAGCAAGACCGAGCUAUUUCGUCUAGCCCAGGGAGCUGUGGAGUUUAUGUUCGCUGACGACGAGGUGAAGAAGUCACUGAGGGCGGUGUUUGAGCGUGCGGCGGCGGAGAGGCUCACGAGUUAGGCCCCGUCGGCACCCUUGCUCUCCAGUGUAUUGGCAUGUGACUAUGUGUUUCCCGAGUAGAUCAGGAGGAGAUGGAUAGAAUAGAAAUCUCAUGUACCAUGUUAAAAAAAAACUCAUGUACGGUGUGUGCUCCUGCCGGAUCAAAUGACGCACCGUGUUUUUUUUUUUGAAGAACUGACAGGAGCGCUGCCUUUUCAUUUAGUAGAGGGAAAUAUGUACAGUGACACACCGUGAUUCAGUUAUUUGGACGAGACGGCGGUUCAGUA